GGCACGCCUUGGUGAUCGAUACUCCUCGGGCAAGCUUCUGACUACUCGGAGACAGCCGGAGUAUUCGGUCCAGAAGGAAAAGUCGUCGCCGGCCUCCGACGACUCGACACUGUCCAAACUCGAGACAGCACUCAUCGGACGGAGCCGGCUGGGCCGAUGGCGGGGCCGGGCGCGCUCUGGGAGGCCCUCUGGGCACUCCUGCCCCGCACGAAAGAGGAGCUGAAGCUGGAGCUGGGAGAGAAGGUGGAGGGCAGCGUGGUGAUGCUGCUGCAGGAAGCCGCCGAGCUCUUCUACGGGGACAGGAGGCAAGAGUGUCUGCAGACCUGCGAGGCGCUGCUCGACUACUCCUGGGAGAAGCUCAACACGGGGCCCUGGCAGCACGUGGACAAGGACUGGCGGCGAGUGUACUCCUUCAGCUGCCUCCUGAAAGCCGUGUGUCUGUGUGCGCCGCCUGGGGACACUGCCUCCGUGGCCGCCGCCCUGAAAGCCUGCGACAUGGGCCUGCUGAUGGGGGCGGCCAUCCUUGGGGACAUCCUCCUUAAAGUCACUGCCGUCCUCCAGAAGCACCUGCUCUCUGGAAAAAGGCCCGCCCCCGGCCCGAGCCAGGAGCCGCUUGGCAUAAAGAAAGCAAGGAAUGACCACGUUCCGAUUCCAGAUAUGACGUCAGAAAUAACGGUGCCCCGGCUUCACUGUCCAUCCCUCCAAUAUUUCAGGAAGCAUUUUUUGGAUCCAGGGAGGCCUGUGAUCUUGGAAGGUGUGGCCAACCACUGGCCGUGCAUGAAGAAGUGGAGUCUGGAGUACAUCCAAGAAAUUGCUGGCUGCCGCACUGUCCCAGUAGAGGUCGGUUCCAGGUACACGGACGAGGAGUGGUCCCAGACGCUCAUGACUGUGGAUGAGUUCAUCAGCAAGUACAUCAGGAAUGAGCCGAAGGACGUCGGGUACCUUGCUCAGCACCAGCUCUUUGACCAGAUCCCGGGGCUGAAGCAGGACAUCAGCAUCCCCGAUUACUGCUGCCUGGGCACCGGGGAGGAAGAGGAGAUCACCAUCAACGCCUGGUUCGGUCCCCAAGGCACCGUCUCCCCGCUUCACCAGGAUCCCCAGCAGAACUUCCUAGCCCAGGUGAUGGGCAGGAAAUACAUCCGGCUGUACUCCCCGCAGGAGUCAGAGGCCCUGUAUCCUCAUGACACGCACCUUCUUCACAACACGAGCCAGGUUGACGUGGAGAAUCCCGACGUGGAGAAGUUCCCCAGGUUUGCCGAGGCCCCAUUCCUGUCCUGCAUCCUGUCUCCGGGAGAGAUCCUCUUCAUCCCGGUGAAGUACUGGCAUUACGUGCGGGCUCUGGACCUGAGCUUCUCGGUCAGCUUCUGGUGGUCGUAGCCCGAGAGGAGGGUGCCCGGCAAGCAGACGCGCUUGUGGUCACACAUCCGCCGCCCUGUGCCUGGCCCGGCCUGCGCCUGAGGACUCCCUCGCCUUGGCACACGCAGGGCGAGGGGUGCCCAGGCCAGUGUGGGCAGCAGAGGCAGGCGGGUGGGAUCCCAGAGGGACAUUCCCGGCCCACAACCCGCACAGAAGCUCCUGGGCUCUGAGGUUGGCUGCCUGGAUUCAAGCUGGCCCUGUCGCUUAACCCCUGUGUGAUGUGGGGUAAGGAACUCCACUGUGUGUCUCCAUCUGGAGAAUAGGGCGGUGCUAGUCCUCACCACAGAGGGCUCUAGGGAUGCGGUGUAGGCAGAGCUGCGCUACAGACCUCAGCCGCUGUCACCAGUCUUCGUGAUUAUUACUGUUGUAAAUCCUGGCCUGGCAGGACAGCCAUGGCCCGCAGGCUCUGGAGCGGGGUGGCCAUGGCCUGGUCACGGGGGUGGGUUCUUACCGGCUUGCUCAGCUCAGGCCUCUGCUGGGCAGUGGGGGCCUGGGGCAGUUUCUGUCUUGGUUACUGAAGUGUAACCUGCCUUCAGAGAAGCGCACAGCCCUGCUAGCUUGGUGAAUUUCCCACUCCACAUGCUCCCAGCAGCCAGGAACCACCUGGCGGCCCUCCUGCCCCUUGCUGCCUCCAUCGCCCGGGGCCACUCCUCUCUGAAAGAGGGUUUUAGGCCAGGAGAGAGGCCCAGGCUUCAGACUUUC